AUGCUGAGGCUCGACGGAAAGGUUGUGCUCAUCACUGGGCUUGGCCAAACCACCGACGAUGGAUGGGGAAUUGGAGCAGCGAUUGCAAUGAAACUCGCCCAACAGGGGGCCGUGGUCUUCGGUGGCAAUCGCACGUUAGCCUCGGCUGAAAGAACCAAAGCGCGGAUUGAAAGAGAGGGCGGCGUGUGUGAUGUCCAGGAAACCGACGUUACCGAUUCGGCAUCCGUGAAGGCUUUGGUAGACGGCUGUCUACAGCGACAUGGCCGCAUUGAUAUCCUGGUCAACAACGUGGGCAAGUCGGAGCCUGGGUGUCCCGCAGACAUGAGUGAAGAAGUCUGGGAUCAGCAAGUCAAUUUGAAUUUGAAAAGCAUAUACUUGACAUGUCACUAUGUCCUACCCAUCAUGGAAAAGCAAGAGACGGGCGGUUCAGUUGUCAAUAUUUCCAGCAUUGCAGGGCUACGAUAUAUCGGAAAACCCCAAGUCGCCUACUCGGCUACCAAGGCUGCCAUCAUGCAAUUCACCAAGGCCACGGCCGUGAUCUAUGCGCCAAAGAACGUCCGACUGAACACGGUAGUGCCCGGGCUGAUCUAUACGCCAUAUACUCAAGCGCUCGCCAAACGAUAUGCUCCAGGAGGCAAUGAGGAGGAAUAUAUGAAGAUGCGUGAUGCACAGGUCCCCAUGGGACGGAUGGGUGACGCUUGGGAUGUGGCUAACGCCGCCCUUUUCUUGGUCUCUGAUGAGGCACGGUAUAUAACAGGACAGGAGGUUGUGGUGGACGGUGGAAUCACAUCGUCUACAGGGAGAACGUAA